AUGCGGAGCUCGCCGCAAGCGUCCCUCCCUUCGUGGGUCUCUCGUAUCGAAGGUCGGGACGAUCUCACAGUGACGGUCAGCAACGCUGCCGCGGAAGACAACAAUCACAAAAUUCGAUUUGGAGGUUGUUGGACGCUUCUCGAGAGCGAGGGAAUGAGCUUUUGGGCAUUCAAUGCUCGAGUCAUGCAGGCUCCCGGUCUCGACGACGUCGAUCUCCAGGAACCGGUUUUUGAUCUCUUGAUUAAGGUCCAGAAAACGUGCGAGCAAAAAUUAGUACAUGGACGCUACCUCGACCCCAUGCUCUGA